AUGAAUUCGGUCGACGGUAGGUCUCAGAAGCGGAUACGAGCGCAGUAUUCCUCCAUUUUCCAAUUGCUUGCGGCCGAGAUCCGCCAUGAGAUUUGGGACCUGGCUAGCCCAUGCACCAUUGAGGAGUAUUGCACCGGAGAUGACAUUAGACACAUCAAGCCGCACCCGUUCUUUUCUACUUGCCGCGAAAGUCGCAGAUCCUACCUCCAUGGUGCUACAUACCUCGAAGCCACUGGACGUCCGAGAGAUGCAGAACUAGCAAACAUAUUAUUUCACUUCGACCGAGACCAUUUCCGUCUAUAUUGUCUCGAGGCAUUUUUAUACACUGUCCACUACAGUCUAGAGUGGCUUCUUAAGUACCUGAGAAAGAUGGUAGUACCGCCUGACAGUUUGCAGGACACAGAAAGGCUCCUAUGCCUGCAUCCCAAAGGAAUGGAAAUCCGAGUCUGUCUUGCUGAUAUUCCAAAUCUUCUGAUCGUCUUCCCGCCCUCUACAUUCCGUCGCGCUUGUACCGUCGACCUCUGUGCCAGGCGGGCGGAUGAAUCUGAUGGGACGUACGAUGGCUUACCCUCCAGUCAAGCGCUUCAGAGAGAGGAGGAGUGGUGCCAGAAAUGUCAAGUUGAGAAGGGAGAGAAGUUUCGAGAUCUUUGUCCAUCAUGCCUCUAG